AUGGCUGCCGACAAGGACGAUGGUUACGUGUUUCAGCGCACUGCCAAUGCGACUUCGAGGCGAGUUUCGAGCUGGCUUUUCGUGCAAUAUGCGCGCAUUGCGGAUGUCGCAACAGGCAGCGGGAUUUGGCUCUCCGACCUCUCUCGCCAGCUGCCUUCUACCACCCAGCUACAUGGCCUCGACAUCAGCCUCGCGCAGCUCCCCCCUCAUGCCCUCACCCCUCCAAACGCCAUCUUCCACCAGUGGGAUUUCUUCACCCCGCCCCCGCCCGCGCUCUGCGGCACCUUUGACGUCGUGCACAUGCGCCUCGUCGCCGUCGUCGUUAAGGACAUGCAGCCCGCGCGAAUCCUGGCCAACGUCGCUCAGCUGCUCAAGCCCGGCGGCUAUCUGCAGUGGGAGGAGCACUACAGCGCCGACGCCAAGGUUGUCCACGGUUCCGAGAGGGUCCCGGCCGCCGGCGAGUUCCCGGGCGUGGAGCACCUGAGGCGCUUGAUGGCCAGCCCUCUCAACGCGUCGGACGGGUCGCUGCUGCUCGGCUCCCGGGAUUGGCUGACCACGCUGGACCGCACGUUGAUGGACGAAGGAUUUGACGAGGUGAGGAGGCUUGUGUAUUCUGACUCGCCGGUCAUGGGUAUGUUUUGGAAUGAUGUAUAUACGGCGUCGGUGGACGAGUUUGCGUUGCAAAUGUUGCGUCUAGAUCCGAAACUGGGGCGGGAGCUCCAGCGGUUGGUUGGGCAGGUUGAGGAGGAGAAGCGGCAGGGGGCGUGGCUGUUAAACCCCAAGGCUGUCUUCCUCGGCAAGCGAAAGGGGUAG